AUGGCCUCGGGUUUUAUCUCUGUCCUCAACAUCUUCUUCCGAGAAAUCAAGCCUCGCGGCGCAUGGCAUAUCCCCAAGAAGGGCCCUGUCCUGUUCAUUUGUGCCCCUCAUGCGAACCAGUUCCUUGACCCCCUCCUCCUCUUUACGGAAGCCUGGAAGGCGGGCCGCCGCACGUCCAUCCUGACCGCGGCAAAGUCUAUGGAACGCAAGUUCAUCGGCUUCAUCGCCCGUCUGUUCAACUCCAUCCCAGUCUCUCGUGCGGCCGAUUAUGCGAAGCCGGGUAUCGGCCAGGUCACCCUCGACAAGACCGACCCUCUGCUCGUCCACGGCAUCGGUACCAAGUUUACGGAGCAGUUUGAGCCUCGCGGCACCAUCUCGCUGCCCAAGUCGGUCCGCUUCGCGUCUGCCCCAAUUGCCGAGGUCGUUUCCGACACUGAGCUCCGCCUGAAGUCCGAGUUCACGAUCCCGUCCAAGGACGGCAACACUAACAUCAAGGCCACGAACAGCGUCCGCUCCGAUCUUCCUGCCGACUCUGAGGGCUGGCAGUUCCGCGUGUUCCCCCACGUCGACCAGGACCAGACGUACGGCGCUGUUUUCGAUGCGCUCAACAAGGGAGGCGCGAUCGGCAUCUUCCAGGAGGGAGGUUCGCACGACCGUACCGACUUCCUUCCCCUCAAGGCUGGCUUCUCGAUUAUGGCUCUUGGAGCGAUGGCUGCGAACCCCGACCUCGAUGUUAAGCUCGUUCCCGUCGGUCUCUCCUACUUCCACGCCCACAAGUUCCGCUCUCGUGCCGUCGUGGAGUUUGGAGAGGCCAUCUCUGUUGACCCCAAGCUCGUCGAGAUGUACAAGGAGGGUGGUGCCAAGAAGCGUGAAGCUUGUGGCAAGCUCCUUGAGCAGGUCCACGACGCUCUCCGUGCUGUUACUCUCCGUGCCCCCGACUGGGAGACUCUCCAGGCCGCUCGUCGUCUUUACCGUGUUCCCGGCCAGCAGAUGAGCAUUGGUCAGGUCGUUCAGCUCAGCAAGUACUUCAUGGAGGGCUACCUUCGCUUCCAGGACGAGCCCAAGAUCAUCGAGCUUCGCAAGCGCAUGCGCAAGUACAACCGUCUGCUGCGUGACAUGGGUAUCGCCGAUCACCAGGUCGAGCGCGCGUCGAACCGCAGCGUGCAGUCGCUCGUCCUUCUGAUCUACCGCCUCGGCCUGCUCAUCUGGUGGAGUACGCUCGCCCUGCCUGGUUUCAUCCUCCACGUCCCCGUCUUCAUCCUCGCCAAGUACAUCAGUCACGUCAAGGCCAAGGAGGCGCUCAAGGCGUCAACUGUAAAGGUCCAGGCCCGCGAUGUGCUCGCUACCUGGAAGGUUCUCGUCUCGCUUGCCGUCGUCCCCAUGGUGUACCUCGUCUGGACGAUUGUCGGUACCACCUGGUGCUACCGUCACGACGCCCUGCCGCACCUGCGCCGCUGGAUUCCUCUGAUCGUGUUCCUCUCCGGCCCCGGUCUCGGCUACGCGUCGCUCAAGUUUGGUGAGGCCGGCAUGGAUGUGUUCAAGUCUCUGCGCCCCCUGUUCCUCUCCCUGUGGCCGGGCAACCAGCACGAGGUGAAGAAGCUGCGCAAGAUGCGCGAGGAGCUGUCGAACGAGAUCUCAGAGCUCGUGGACGAGUUCGGUCCCAAGAUGUUUGACAAUUUCGACAAGACGCGCAUGCUCCCCUCAGCCUCGACGAAGAAGAACCAGCACGUCGAGCCCUCGAUGCUCUCGCACCCGAUCAACUGGCUCGACGAGCGCAUCUUCGGCUGGCGCCGGAAUGGCUCGGCGGCCGAGGCCUGGGCCGACGGCACGCACGACCAGAACCGUUCUCCCCGCAGUGUCCCCAGCACGGCCCCGGGCAGCCAGCACGAGUCGGACCUCGAGGACGCCGAGGAUGUGGACUAUGACGACAUUCUGGCCGUCAUCGACCACCGGGGCGGAAAGAGCCCGCGCCGCCGCACGCGCGCCGGCCGCUCGUACUCGGACUUGCGCACGCAGCCGCUCUCCCCCCUCGCGACGGAUGGGCGCGCGACCCCGUCGUCGCCCUCGCCCAGCUCGCCCCUCCUCACCGUCCCCGGAGAGGAGGACGGACUGCACCACCGCCGCGCGUACCGCGCCAACAUUGACGCGCACGGCGAGCCCAUUCGUCCCGACACGCCAGACUCGAACGGCAACGGCGUCGCGGGUAUCGCGGGUAUCACGGGCCAGGGCGCGCUCGGCUUUGACAAGGGCGAGUAA